AUGCCCGUCCGCAUCCCCAAGGCCAGAGGCAGCGAGACCGCCAUCAUCAGCAUGGCCGGCGUGACCGCCUUCGCACCCUUCUACUUCAUGAUGCCCGGCGCCGAGGAACGCCUCACCUCCCAGACCACCCACUGGGCACCGCGAUGGGAACGCAACAUCUCCCACUUUGCACCACCCGCACAGAACAUCGCCCAAAGAAUAGAGCCCGGCGUCGGACGGACCGUCCAGAAAAUCAACAACAAGCUGCCGUUGGAGAGGAUGGCGCUUACCGUCGACCGGAGGAUCAAGGCUGGUAUUGACAGGAUGAGCAAGCGUUGA